GGGGCUCCAGCCGGCUGGUGACGUCAGCGGUAUAAAGGCCCGCAGCGCCUUUGUUCGCCCUCAUUGCGCAGUUGCGGUUCGGCGCGAGCGGAGGUCAUUUGCGGAAUCAAAAUGGUUGAAGCAGAUCGUCCUGGGAAACUGUUCAUUGGGGGCCUGAACACAGAGACUAAUGAAAAAGCCCUUGAGGCUGUAUUCGGCAAAUAUGGACGCAUUGUGGAAGUCCUUUUGAUGAAAGACCGUGAAACCAACAAGUCCAGAGGAUUUGCGUUUGUCACGUUUGAGAGUCCAGCAGAUGCAAAAGAUGCUGCCAGAGAUAUGAAUGGAAAGUCAUUAGAUGGGAAAGCAAUUAAAGUGGAACAAGCAACCAAGCCAUCCUUUGAAAGUGGUGGUAGGCGUGGGCCGCCACCCCCUCCACGAAGCAGAGGUCCUCCCAGGGGCCUUAGAGGUGGAAGAGGCGGAAGUGGCGCGAGAGGACCACCUUCAAGAGGGAGUCACUUGGGGUCUUCUCGAGGGCCACUUCCCAUGAAGAGAGGUCCACCUCCACGAAGUGGAGGCCCUCCACCUAAAAGAUCUGCACCUUCAGGACCAGUGCGUAGCAGUAGUAUGGGGGGAAGAGCUCCUGUGUCACGUGGAAGAGACAGUUAUGGUGGUCCUCCACGCAGAGAACCAAUGCCAUCACGAAGAGAUGUCUACAUGUCUCCAAGGGAUGAUGGCUAUAGCACUAAAGACGGUUAUUCAAGCAGAGAUUAUCCCAGUUCCAGGGAUACACGGGACUAUGCGCCACCUCCACGAGACUACGCAUAUCGUGAUUAUGGUCAUUCCAGUUCACGUGAUGAAUACCCCUCUAGGGGAUAUAGUCUUUCCUCCUAUAGUGAUCGUGAUGGAUACGGUGGUGGACGUGACCGAGACUACUCAGAUCAUCCAAGUGGAGGCUCCUACAGAGAUUCAUAUGAGAGUUAUGGUAACUCACGUAGUGCUCCACCUGCACGAGGGCCCCCGCCAUCUUAUGGUGGAAGCAGUCGAUAUGAUGAUUACGGCAGCACACGAGAUGGAUAUGGAAGCCGAGAAAGUUACUCAAGCAGCAGAAGUGAUGUCUACUCAAGUGGCCGUGAUCGUGUUGGAAGACAAGACAGGGGUCUUCCCCCAUCCAUGGAAAGGGGCUAUCCACCUCCUCGUGAUUCUUACAGUAGUUCAAGCCGCGGAGCACCCAGAGGUGGUGGCCGUGGUGGAAGCAGAUCCGAUAGAGGUGGAGGCAGAAGCAGAUACUAAAAACACUCUUAAAACUUUUGGACCAAGACAGAUUACUUCUCAAAAAAAUGAAAAGUGGAAGUUGUUCUAUCUUUACUACCAGAGGACUACUAAAAGGAAAAGUUGUUUUUACCUUUUUUUAUUGUUGCCUGUUAAGUUUUCCCCUCCAUGACUUUUAUGCUUUUGUGAGGAAAAGUUAAACCAAUGUUUAAUUUCAUUUCAAAAUUGUUAACAUUUCUUUCAAAAAGCAAAUGUUAAAUGUAUAAAACUUGAGCUGUGUACUAGUGUUGUAAUUUUCAAAGUAAAGUUUCCCUGAAAUGCGA